AAAUUUUGUAAAAUUGGCUUGUUUUUUCACAUUUGGCUUGUUUUUUGUCCCAUACAUGGUUCCGUGAGUGUUUUUAGUAGGUGUUGAAAGUGAAUUUCGCAUCACACGGUAGAAGACAGCUUCCGAUAAUGGAAAAUCGUGAACCGACAAUAUCCGCCUGCUCCACCAUCCCCGCUGCCGCUGCAAGCAGUAGCAGCACUAAUAGUGCAACAAACAUACCAGAGUCCACAGGAAAUGGUAAUAGCAACGGGGGAACUGUGACACCCGAUGGAGAUUCCUCCCUGCCGGUGAUAAGUACAUUAUGCAGAAUUUGUAUGUACGACUUCCGGUCACAGGGAGGAAGAUUGCUAGAAUCUCUGUCGCGAACGACUAUCGAAUCAAAAACUUUGUAUUCAAUGCUUGUGACCGUCUGCUCGCCACUGGCACAGUGUAAUAACGAAGGAAUGCCUGACAAAAUCUGUAGCUGGUGCAAGGCCAGGCUUGUACAGGCGUAUAAAUUAUACGAGACAUGCAUCAAAAGUGACGAUAGAAUCCGGAAACUGUUGCAAACACAUGCUCUAACCGGAGGAGUACCCAUAAAACAAGAGAUUAUUGACGAUGAGGACGACGAUGUUGAGCUUACAAACGCGGAAAUGUUCUGCGACGCUCAGGUCAAGAGUGAAGAGCCUUCCGAUCAGGAUUAUCUGUUUGACGAACAGUUCUACGAAGCAGCUUUAUCGAAUUUAAGAAUUCAGUCGGUUCACAAUGGACCGGAAGUGCUGGUACAGCUUCAGGAGCACAAUUAUCCGUCAGAUUUCGGCACACAUAUAUCGAAGCCUGUCUUUGAGUGCGAGAAAUUUGUCAAAGUAACGGCAAAAGGUCAUAUUUGCCUGUUGUGCGGCAGAGAUUUUAAGUAUUUUAGUUACUUUAAACAGCACGCUUUAGCCCAACAUGAUCCGGAAAAACCUCACAAGUGCGAGAAAUGCAAGUAUACAUUUAAAACCGAACAGCGACUGUUCAUUCACAUGCGAACGCAUAUUGAAGCUGAAAUACAACCUGCGGCCGCGGUUGAACCCGCAAAGCUUCAAGAUCUAUCACCAGAAGAUGAACCAGAACCGGACCAGGAACUACUUGACGAUUCAAUCAAUGAAGAAGACAGUCCGGAUCUGAAUAUAUCGAUAAAUCCGGACACAGGAGAAAAGGUGUAUACUUGUCUGGUGUGUCACAAGCAAUUGUCUACGUUUCCGUUGUACAACCGUCACCGAACGGUACACACUGUCCGUGGACGACCUUUCGAGUGCGAUAUUUGUCACUAUCGCUUUGCAAUGAAGUUCAGCUACAAUGCACACAUGCAGCGCCAUGAGCAGGGCAAAGAUCCGGCUCAACCAGCCACAUUCAAAUGCUUAGAAUGCGAUGAGGUUUUCUUCAGACGAAAACUUCUGAAUCUACACGUAGCCACCGAGCACGAGAGAUCUCUGGUGUCACUUAAUAAAACCGCGCCUGCUGCAAUUUUAACGAGUAACAUCUCCGACGGUCGACAUGGUCACACCUGCCCGUUAUGCCCGGAAACCUUCAAUCGGGAAUCGGUUCUGAAUAACCACAUGAAAAUGCACGAACUUGAAGCAGCACAGCUAAAACAUUCAGAAGUUUGUUUCGUAUGCACCGUUUGCGGUUUGGAGUGUGAAACCCGUAAAAUUUUCGAUAGCCACAUCAAAACUCACGGUGACGUUCAACUGCCUUCUGCUGCUGGACAUUCUCAGACAGAAGCUGACCUCAGCGAUGACGAACACAACACCCAAAACGGUGACGAUUCUGCCAUUGCUUCCCCUGCUAAACCGGACACAAAGGUUGGAGCAAAGUGUGAACUUUGCUCCAAAACAUUCCCGUAUGCAUGCAAUUUAAAGCAGCACAAAAUUAUUCAUCACUCCGAGUUGAAGCCACACGAAUGUUCUAUCUGCUUUUAUCGUUUCGAAUAUGAAGGUACCUUGCUCCGGCAUAUGCAAAAACAUUCCAAGCCGGAGUCCAAUAUGCCUUCAGUCAGCGCACAGGUCCCAGCCGUGAGUGAAGAUACCAUUGUCGCUCCGCCGGGAGCCACGCUUAUUUACAAGUGCAAAUUGUGCUCCGCUCGCUUUCAGAAACAAAAAUCGAUGACCUGGCAUCUGAAAACGCACCGAUCGAUUGUAGCUAGCGAAGGCAAUGCUACCGUCAUACAUCAAUUGGAGCAAAGUCUUCUUCAAGCGGCGGCGGCGGCAGCAGCAGCAACAGCCGCAUCUACCUCGCAGCCAGCUAGGACAACAUCACCCUCCCCGGGUAACAGUUGCAGUCCGUCGCUGGCUGUCGCCGGGUCCAAGUCGCCGACGUCGACAGCGAAGCAGGAUCUACAAGUGCAGCCACAAACAGAAGACAAACUGGCGACAGUGACCAGCACUCCAAAGAUGUAUAAAUGUGGUUACUGUCCGCAGAAUCUGGACUCGGAGGACGCCUAUUAUCAACAUCUGAAGGGGCACCGCGUUCGGCGAAACGAUUCCCUGCCGGCGGACGGCGACACCCCACCGCUGAAGAAGAAACGCUCCUGGAUUCGCUCCGGGGACCAUCAUCGGUGCAAUUUGUGUCAGAAACAAUUUACGUUCCGCAGUCAGCUCCAGCAACACACCGCCCUUCAUCACCAACCGGGGAAGCCGUACGAAUGCCAGAAGUGUCAUUACAGCUUUGUGCACAAGUUGAAUCUCAAAAGACACGAAUUGACGCACUUGGAGGAGGAAAGAUUGGCAAGCGAAGAUGACCCAUCGAUCCAGCUGCUGGAGGAUGAGAGCUUCAAUGCCGAUCUGGAAGAUAUGGUUGAACCGGUGUUGGAAGAGAAAGGGUCCGCCGAUGAGGGCAACGAGGGUCCUUCGUCGUCCGGUGAGGGAGGAACGACGCCCGCAACGACGGCUGGACCACCAAAGAAAAACAAAUGCGUCGUCUGCUCUAGCGUAUUCCAGCGGGAGGAUCAACUUAUCGAGCACCUGAAGACGCACAUCGAGCGCAUUAAGGUGACCAAGCAGGAGACACAAACCGCGAAAAAGAUACUCUCCGACGAUAACGAUCGAAAGUGCAAACUAUGCCUGAAGGUGUUCAAGUUCUCCUGCCAGCUGAAGCAGCACGUCCAGAUGCAUCACGCCAAAGAGAAACCGUUUGAGUGUAAUAUUUGCAAAUAUCGGUUUGAAUUCAAGGGUCAUAUGAUUCGCCACAAAGCGAUAAACCACGCCGAAGAAGUGGCCGCAGAGGAAGCGGAAAUGGACGAACUGCCGUCGAAAAUCACAACUCCGACUAUGAAUCCGGACGGUUCUGAAGUGUACCAGUGUCCGGUUUGUCCGAUGCAUUUCGUAAAGCAGCGUUCGCUGACGUGGCAUUUAAAAACUCACUCCACCCGACGUUUUAGGCAGGACGAAGGAGUGCCUUCCACAUCUAGCGGGGAAGUUAUGCAGUGUCGCUUCUGUUCGCGCACCUUCCGCGAUGUGUACGAACUGAAGGCUCAUAUGGCUACUCACGUUGGUAGCAGUGCGGGCGGCUCAACGUCGCUAUCCACGACUUUGCCAGACGCAGAACAUUCACUGUUCGGUUCCGGCCUGGACAUGAUGCUGCAGGAUUUUCCGGAUACCAUGGAAAAUCACGGCGCUGAUCCAUUGUUCGACGAGUCCAACCUAGAGUUGGUACUGGAGGACGGAUUCGAUAGUGACGAUCUUUCGUUUAACAUGCGUUACCAAGAUACGGCACCGCUUCCACCCGCCAAAAGAAGUCUUCCAGCCAGUGAAAACUCAGUUUACGACGUUGCCGAACCAGGUGCAUCGACAACACCGGCGAAAGGGAAAAUCAUUUGCGAAUUGUGCAAAAAAGAUUUUCUCUACUCCUGCAAUUUGAAACAACACAUGCAACUUCAUCACGCUAAGGAUAAGCCAUUCGAAUGUAAGAUAUGCUUCUACCGGUUCGAAUACAGCGGCCACCUGGUGCGUCACAUUCGACAAAAUCACGACAAAAGUCAGGCGGACGAGGCUGCCGGCGAUGCGGUGGAGAAAAACUUCGUCUGCACCUUCUGCUCGGAGCUGUUCGAGCAAAAGUCCCAGUUAAAUACGCAUCUUCACAUCUACCACAAGGGAGAAAAACAAUUCAAAUGUGACUUCUGUCCGGCCUCAUUUGCUUACAAGAAAGCAUUUGAUUCUCAUCGGGAAGAGUGCAGAAUUAACAAGCGCUUGGGAGCAGACUCAGCAACGGGCUCGACAGCUUCCACCAGCAAGACGUCCGGUGCAACCAGCUUUUCGUGUAAUUUCUGCAAGAAAACAUUCAGCUCGGCUCAGAAGGUGGACAAUCAUGUUUGCUUUCAGUAAAACCGUGGACCAUCCGUGGCAGGAUGAAUUGGUCGAAUAAAGCAACCUAACCUACUAGCUAAAUUGUUAGCAAAAUAGACAAAAAGAGGGGGAGAGCGCCAGACAAGUUACAAGUUGGGGAGCAUUCAGCAUCUUACUCAUUAAACACUACCUAUAUUUAUCGCAUAAAACAACCACUUCUGCCCUACUUAGUGCCGGAGAGCAAGGAACUGUUUACUUCCUAUAGAAGAGAGGUCGAACAAUAUACCUACCUAUAGAAUUGCCGUUUAUACCACACGUUGAGCCGAUUGGGACUCAUCAAAUUAGGUUGUUAGGCAGUGACAAACAAAAAAGUAUAGGACAACAUGUUUUAGGCUGAAAACACAUCUAGAUUAAGCGCCAUACCUAGUGCUUGUAGAACACUACAUCAUUAUACAAUGUUUUUUUGUUUGGUAUAUGUUUUGUUUCAUACCAUCUCACAUAAAUUAAUCGGCAAUUCGUUUACGUACUAAGUAUAAUGCAUUUUUCUUUCUUUUAUAUCAUUUAAUUUUAGCUACAAACAUCAUUUUAAUUUUUUUGACGACUCAAUUGCACUUGUCGCACAUAGAGUAUUAAUUUUAAAUUUUUAGCAUGCCCAAGUAAGUAAAGUAGCAGAAGAAAAUCGAGGUGUUUGUACUAUUUAUAUUGUCGAAGCUUUUUGUUCUACUCAUUCGAAGUUUUAACUAAAACACGUUCGUUAGGAUAGUUUUCGUUUUCGGUAGUGUCUUUAUAACAACAAUACGUAUUUAUCAGUUAAAGUCUGCAUUGUUUCACUAACGUUCUGAUCAUUGAGUUAUUGGUUCGACAUGUGGGUAGCGAAUUGGAAAGCGUUUAAAAUAAGAACACUACAAUUAUAAAUAACGUAACACUAGCUUAGCGGUAGUCGUUAAUAAUUGCACUUUAACAUACAAAUAAUUGAGAACAACAGAUAAACUAUAUAUGACCAUAUAUAAA